UUCUAGCUACCCAUGAACCAGCCAUGGCUGCUGUUCAGACCUCUUCUAUAUCCAGGAAACUCCAUGAUCUGAUCUCCCAACCAGAGUGAGAGAAAGAGGCCGGCCAGGAAGAUGGAGGCUGCGGCAGCCACUGCUUUUGCCUGUAGGAUUGCACCUAAGCUGUUGGAGUUCUUAGCUGCAAAUCACAAGCUUCGGCAGAACCUGGAGCAUGACAUCACCUACAUCAGAAAUGAGUUUGCGUUGAUCUCUGCCGCCAUUCAGCAAGACGACAACCACCGCUGGAGGAGCGGACCCUGCAGAGACCACAUGCAGAGGGCCUGGGUCAAAAUCAUACGUGACCUGGCGCAUGCCGUCGAGGACUGCAUCGACCGCUUCAUGCACCGGGUGACCAUCUCCGGGACAUCGACAUGGCUCCGCCAAGCUGUUCACAGGGUGCAGACGGUGACAGUCCGUAAGGAGUUUGCCAAGGCAAUCCGUGAGCUCAAGAAGAUAUCACAGGAGUCAUCCAAGCUGAGAGAAACUUAUUACAGCGCCAGCAUCGCUGCUGGCACCUCCUCUUAUUCAGCAGCGUCGUCGUCAGUGGCAAGUGAGACGACGACACAGAUGGCAAUAGAUGACACUCUCUCAGCUAGCAGAUCUGUUGGCAUGGAUGCGCCCCAGGAUGAGCUUCUUGAGCUGAUCCAGCAGCAGCAACAGCAGCUCAAGGUGAUCUCCAUUGUUGGUUUCCAUGGUAUAGGCAAGACUCUCCUUGCCAGGCGUGUGUACCACACAAUUGAGAACCAAUACGAAGCUCGGGCUUGGGUCUCUGCAGCAGAGCAAGGGGUCCCAACAAAUGUUCUCAAGCAGAUACUCCAGCAACUUGGCAUCCCCACCAAUGGUGGAGGCAACUUCAACAAGCUCUGCGCAGUCCUCAGACUAUACCUUGGAAGCAAGAGGUUCUUCAUCGUCAUCGAUGACAUGCAGACGGAAUUUUGGCAUGAUAUAAAAGAUAUCUUUGUGGGGCUGAGCGGUAGAGUUCUGGUGACGACGGCCAUUCAGUCAGUAGCAAAUGCCUGCAGCAGCUCAGCAGCUCAUGAUCAUGUGUAUGCAAUGAAAACUCUUGCCGAUGAACACUCAAGACUACUGUUUUUCAAGGAAGCUUUCCAAGACGACAAUCCGCCAGUCAAUAAGGAGGAUCAGCUUGGCUCAGAAGCACUGAAGAAGUGUGAUGGCUUACCCCUUGCUCUUGUCACCACAGCUCGGUACUUGCAAAGCACAGGUAAUCCGACACGUGAAAACUGGGCAACAUUAUGCCACAACCUUGGAGUACAUCUGGAAACAAAAGAGAUGUUAGCAAGAAUGAAGUGUGUGCUUGUCCAGAGCUACACCAGCCUUGUUAAACAUGAUGUCAAGACAUGCUUGCUCUACCUAGGUAUCUAUCCUACUGGUCGUACUGUCAGGAGAGGAACCAUAAUAAGGAAAUGGUGCGCAGAAGGGUUUAUCCAAGGAGAUUAUAUGUGUAAUGCUCUGGAUGCCGCUGUCGCCAAUUUCAAAGAGCUGGUCAACCGGAGUAUCAUCCAGCGUACAGAUGCCAGCAGCAAAAACGUCAAAGAUCAGGUGAAGACAUACCAUACUCAUGGCAUGAUGCUCGAGUUCAUCCUGCACAUGUCCAAGUGUGACAACUUCAUUACCUUGUUAUAUGAUCAGCUGGCUCCCCCACCCCCACCCAGUAAAGUCCGUUGGCUCUCCCUCCAUGACGCAAGUGCCAGAGUAGCCAAUGAUCUAUCUCUUGUCCGGUCUCUGACAGUCUUCGGCAAGGCACAUGAAUCCGUCUUGUAUUUUUCCAAAUAUGAACUGCUGCGGGUUUUGGAUCUGGAAGAAUGUGGUAACCAUUUGGAGGACAAGCACCUUAGGGAGAUAUGCAACAACUUGUUGCUGCUUAGGUAUCUAAGCCUCGGGACCGCUCUUACGGUUACAGUGCUCCCCAAAGAGAUAAAAAAGCUUCAACUUUUGGAGACGCUGGAUGUGAGAAGAACCAGGAUAGAGAUUCUGCCCACACAAGUCAUGGAGUUGCCAUGCCUGAUUCACCUAUUUGGAAAGUUCAAACUCCAACAAGGUGUAGGAGGCCGGAAAAUGCUUAAGCUACAAACUUGGUGCUCAGAGAAUAGCAAAUUGGAAACAGUGGCAGGAUUUGUUGUGGACAACAACAAGAGCCAAGGAUUUGCACAGCUCAUGGAGCAUAUGAAGCAUUUGACAAAGGUGAAAAUAUGGUGCCAGCAGUCCACUAAUAAUAGUAUGGAUCCUAUUGCCAGCGGCAGCAGCAGCAGCAACAAGUACACUCAUCUCUCAGAGGCCAUCAAGGGGUUCAUCAAAAGAAGCACCGACAAAAAAGCUCAUUCACUGUCACUGAAUUUCAAUGACAGAUGGUGCCAAGACUUGCUCGUGAACUUGUCCCUAGAAAAAGAAGAAGCUUCCUCCUGCUAUCUUAGCUCGCUCAAGGUACAAGGGGGCAACAUAUGCAGCCUGCCUCCAUUUGUUACCAUGCUAGGUGGUCUCACUAGCCUGUGCCUUUCAUCCCCUCAUCAUCAGCUGAGCGGGGAUAUUCUUGCUGCCCUGAGCAGAGUGCGCUGCUUGGCGUACCUAAGGCUGAUUGCAUCUCAACUGGGCAAACUUGUCAUUGUAAGAGGUGCACUUGGAAGCCUGCGACGACUAUGCAUCGUGGUUGAAGUCAUGACUGAACUGGAAGUCCAAGAGGGAGCUCUGCCGCUCCUCGAGUCGCUCCAGCUGCUAUGUAAGGAUCUAAAUGGCUUUUGCAGCAUCAUGAUCCAGUCCCUGGGACGUAUUAAGGAGGUCACCCUCCAUGAUGGAGUCAAUGAUGAAACAAAACAGAAGUGGAAGGAAGCAACAAAAAACCACCCCAGACGCCCAAAGCUCUUGUUUAUUAAGACAGCAGAAGAUGUUGAUAUGGGAAGUGAACCUGCAGACAAUUCUGAGAGCCCUAUGGUGCCAACCAAUGAUAUGACAUUACCAGUGACAGCGCCCCACGAUGCCGUCUCUACUGGACAGUCUGUACAAGUUGAUGGUGAUGAUCUGCAACAGGAUGAUGAUGAGAAAGAAGAUACAGAUAAAAUUGAUAUGCUAGUGGAUUUUGUUAGCAAAACUUGUCUGGGCACUAUGAUGAACAAGGAAAGUUUUGAACAGGGGAUGGAAGGAAUGGUGGUGGGUGAGAAUAGAAGAAAGAGGGCUAGGACUGUUGGUGAAGGCAACUCAAUGGACAAGGUUUUCGAUAGGGUGAAGCGCAAGAACCCGGAGGACAUCCCAGAAACAAGGCCUACAAAACAAACAGCGCCUGGGCUCGCAGUUGCUAUCUCUGAUGGAAAUUGAGUUUUUCCAUCGAAGAAGGAUGGGGGCCAUUAGUUCCUCGGUUGGCAGAACCAUGAGGAUGUUGUUGUUUUGUCUGGAGUACCAAUGUUUGCAAGCUUGGGUUAAUCUUGCUUGGGAGUCAGGAC